UGUACGUUACCACUAUGACAUCUAUGUUGAAUUUUGGUCACUUUCCAACACAACCUAAAAUCAACUAAAUAUCAACAUAAUUUGACAUUGUUAAUGGACGUCAAAAUAACGUCCUUAGACGCUGAUAAGACAUUGAAUUUUGGUCACCUGAUGUCACGAACUAAAUCUAACCUAAUAUUAAGGUCUUAUGAUGUUGUGUGCCUGCUGGGGAGGCUUUGAGAUGCAACUAAAUUGGCUUUUACUGCAACUCUAUAAUAUUCCAAAGUCUAUGAGCACUGCUGCUUACGGAUUACGAGAGAUUAAUGCCAAUGUAUAGGUUCAUUGAUUUAUUAUGUACUGAUCAAUGCUAUUUGGUCAUCCUCACUUCUGGAAAUCAAAGUGCUGCUGUUUGUUUGUACGCACAAAUAUAAUUAAGAUGAUAAUAAUUAUAAAUAAUAAUAAUAAUAAUAAUAAUAAUAAUAAUAAUAAUAAUAAUAAUAAUAAUAAUAAUAAUAAUAAUAUUAAUGAGGGCAUGCACAACCAAUUAGCCCACAAUUAGACAAGAUUCCCUCAGAUUUCCUUUUCUUGUCUGCUGAUAUUCCUUCAUCGAUUCAGGCAUAUUUGAAUCUAAAAUGUGACUUUUACAGGGUGAUGCAUUGCUGAUGUAUAUAAUUAUACAUAUAUGAAAAAUGUCUUCAUAGUUUUUGUCUUUGCCUGUAUAUCUGUUGACUAUAUUUUCAUAGAUACUGUACAAUGUUUGGGUCCUUUAUUUGGUCAUUUUUUGAUUUUGUUGUUGUUGUGUUGAGGGUUUGAUUAAACACCCUUGGUUUGCAGAAUCGCAUGGGAUAUUUUAAUAUAAGGAAUUAUUUAUGUUCAAUCCUAUUACACAUUGUUGAGCACUGGAUGGACAGCAGUGGAAUUUAGACCUCUUAGAUUCUUGCAUGUUUUCUUUGUUUUAUUUCUCUCUUUUUUUCCAAUGGAAAACUGCUGGGCUUUUAAUUCUCCAAUGAAAGCAUAAAGUAGAUUUCAUUCAGAAUAACUGAUGUCUUCUGCAUUUCAGGAAGCGUAAAAAAGAAUGGUGGUUGGCUUUAUGUACUAAACUAUUUUGUUCAGGUGUUUCAGUUGUAUAUUUUGCUACUUGAGCAUAAUUAAAAUGAUCUUUGCUGAGGUAAACACUUGUUUGAUUUUUGUUUUGUCUCCAUAAGGCAUGCAGAGGCACACACCUUUUACUGUAUAGCAAUCUUACAAAUAAAGUUAUUUAUUGGGAUUGAUGCUUUAAAGCAAAAUAUGAUCCAUGUGACUUUUAAACUGUCAAAUGAGAAUAAGCUAACAAUAAAAUCAUCUUAAAAAGUAUUGAUUGAAGGUUGAUAAAUCAAUGUAGAGAAAUGUAAGGCCCUUAAAAAGUAUUAAAAACUCUUAAAUGCUAUUUUGCAAGGUAUACAGUUUUGAUUAUGCAAUGUAUGGUUGUGUAUUAAAGUUUGCCUGAAUUAAAUCUGGGAAUAUCAGGAUGCUGUGUAGUUUAUGAAAUCAAUAAAAUUCUGCUAGAUUUGACAUCAUGCUGCUUUGUUUACUGUUGUAACCAAGGCAACAAUAUUUUUGUUUUUGUUUUUAUAUUUGCAUUAUUUCUGCAGUUGUAUAGGCACCAAUUUUCAAAAUGAGCUUGAUUUAAUAAUUUUUUAUCCAGCAUAUAAAUAAUGUUUUAGUUUUGGAUUAGUUUCUUACAUUAAUAUUUAGUAGAUAUACUGUAAGUUCAAAUCUCACCAGUGUUUCCGGUUGAAAAGUGGUUAAAAAGGUAUUGAAUUUCACUCUCUGAUUCCUGUAUGUACUUUGUAUUAGCUCUCCUUUUCUUUUUUUUAUUUCUCAAGUGUUGCUUAAUGGGGAGAUUAAAUAGUUUAAACAUAAUAGAUUUACUAAUUUCUAAUAACUAUUUUUUGUCUUUGUCAUGGUGAUGUUACAUAAUAUUUUACUAGUUAUUUGGCAGUAUACUAAUAUUCAGCUUAAAGUCCAAUUUAAAGGCUUAAUUAGGUUAACUAGACAAAAACGGUAGCCUAGAGGUUAGGCAAGUCAUUGGUCAAUUGUGUUUUUUUCAUAGCCAAUUAAAAGAAUAUAUAGUAUUGACCUUAACUUUUAGUCUAUAUCUAUCUAAUAUUUCGCCAAACUAAAAUAAAUGACACUUUCUCCUCAAGAAAAAUAUAAUAUGGAAUUUUCUUUAGGGGAAAAAGCCUUUUCUCUGAUAAACAUCACUUGAGAAAUACUUGAUUUUAUUUUAUUUUUUUCACAGAAGGGCUAAUAAUUUAGUCUUCUACUCCAGGCAAUGUUUUCAAAAGUCUGUUAUUGAAUGUCUUUUAUUUGAAUACUUUUAAUGUCAUUGUCUUUCAUUUAUAAUGCAUAUUGAAAUUGAUUAUAACAAUCUACUGCGGUUUGAAUUUGAUUUAAAAAAAAUGGAAAAGGAUUUUUAAUAUCUGCAGGGUUUAGUAAUAGCAAGUUGCUAUUACUGAAGUCGUAUAAAGAAUAAAAAGUAUUAAAAUGAAGUACAAAAAAAUGAAAAAGCUAUUACAUUAAUCAACAUUCAUGUAAAGAAUCAUUUGUAUGUUUGUUGGUUUUUAAAUAGUUUAGAAGAUAGACUUCUUUCAAAACCUGCAUUUUAAGUCAAUUUUUUUUUUUAUUGAACAAUAAAAAAUUAACAACAUUUUGAAAAGGCCAGGGGAUGACAAUAAUCACGGAAAAAUAAAAUAAAAACAUGAAACUGUUACACGUAACAGUUUUUUUUCUCAGAUUAUAGUUUUUAUAUAAAGCUAAAACUCUGACGUUAAAAUAACAAAUAAUGGCUUGCAAUCACUGUACUUGUUUUUGUGUAUACUGCAUUUUGCCAACAGAAGUAAUAAAUUGAUCAAAAAGUACUCUUUGUGCAAUGACCUGUUGAACGUAGGAAAACCAAAUAAAACAUUUUAAAACAAAUUGAAAACUGGGCAUAAGGUUGAUUCCAAUAAAAGAGCAAAUCUCCAACCAAAAAUUAACCAGCAGAUUAACAGAUAAAGUAACAUAAAUUUCUUUCAAACUUUUUUUUAAAUAUUAUCCCAGUAAUUAUUUUUUGCCAGCAAGAAAUCAUUUGUGAACUUGAUACAUGCUGUACGUUUUGUGGUGUACAUACAGAAACAUAUAAUUCAAAGUAAAUCUAACUGCGAGUCUGGGAGAAACAGUUGACGUCACCGUUGUCCAAUGCUUGUGGGAAUUGUAGUUCCUUCAAAACUCCCAACGUUCUGCCAACGUUGCUGUGACGUUUGCGUAACGUGAUACGUGCGCUGGCUGGGGACAGUUUGAUAACCGUUUCCGCCUAUUUCUCGCUCAAAUCGCUAUGUUUAUGAAGAGAAGCAUGUUGAGGGAUUAAAAUUUGCGCCUAAAUUAAUAAGUACACCCACAAAUGGACCCGAACAGCAUUAGUCGCACGAACUGGGCCAUAAACCGGCGGGCGGAGGGUUUAGUGAGUAAACACAUGGCAGACAUGGCACAGAGACGCGCAGCGGUGUCUGAGGAGGAUCUGCACCCUCUGCCCGGAGACUUGAGCAGAAGCGCAGAAGAAAUCCCGGGGCGGGCAGAGGUGAAUUUCAGCGCCGAUUCACAGUCCUACAAUCCUGCUGCAGGAGUGGCGGGAAAGUUGAUGAACGAGGACGCGUCUACAUCAUCAGAGUCAGCAGCACAGAGAAAAAUCAUAUCACUGCUUAUUGAGAUCAAGGAGGAGCAGCAGAGGCAGUGGGAAGUUCUGAAAGAUCUACAGGCUAGGAUUCACGGACAAGUGUGUGAAGAGGAAGAUGAGCCGCUCGACAUCGAUCUGCCGCUACGAACAAUGGAGCAGCUUGAUGUAACUGAACAGCAUUUAGAAGAUACUGAAGCUCAGAGGAGAAUGGUGUCGCACCUCUCAAGGAUGGGUGGAGCCACAGUUGAUGAUGCAGUUCGGCGUCUUAUGCACACAGUUCUGUCUUUCAGUGUGGGCUCAGAGCUCAACUGGGUUGGCAGAGGACAGAAGAGGAGCUUCAGAAACACCAGACUGCAGGGUGUUUUAUUUCGUGCCUUAAAGAGGACACCUAUUGGAAAGGAGGCCACACAUCAUCAGUUUGCUGAUGUAGUGAAGAAAUGGUUGCGGUUUGCCCCUUUUCGACAGAGAGGAAGCGGACGAAGACCGCAUUGGAAGCCUAUUGAGUUCAUCUGUCCCAAAUAUGAUAAUACAGUAGAGGAUCAUAACCCGCUAAACUUGGAAUCUGGAGAGGUUCAGGUGACAAUAUAACAUAAUUAUAUGUAAUAGUGUGUCAUUAAAUGACUCAAAGUAUAAUUAUAAAAUAUUAAAAAUAAACUGGGAAAGUGAACUUAGUAAAUGAAGAACUGACCCCAGAGUGAAGGAUUGACAUUCAAAGAUAAAGUUUUUUUUGUCAUAUUACGUUCUUUGUAAUAUAAUAUUGCCUUUGCAGCUUUUAAGUUAAAAUUUUGAAUCAUUUGAAAAUGUUCAAAUUAAAGAAUAGAUAUUUAAAAUAAAAAUAGAAACAGUGUUAUAUUGUCUGUUUUGCACCUACAACUUUAUUUGAAAUAUAUUGUACUUUGUUUGUUUCAGUUUAAACCUAUUUUAAUAUUAAUUUUUACCCUAAAAAAAUCAGUUUUGCGGUUUGUUUUGCAUUUUGAAAAGAAUAUUAAUGCAUUUGUUUCAAAGAACUUUUGCAUUCUGACACAUUUGUUUAUGUGUAUAAUUUACACAUUUUUACUUCCAUGUGAGAAAUAUGUAAUAUUUUCUACACCCAACCUACAUAAAUACAGAAAUAGAUGAUUGUUUUCCUCACUAGUGAAUAAAUUCGGCUUAAUGUACUAUUAGAAAUGAUCUCAAAACAGGAUUAAAAGUAUAUUUAAGUAUAAUUUCCAAUAUAUAUAACUUUAUAUUAAAUCAUAUAUGAUGGACAGGCUAAUUUUAUAGCUAGCAUUUCAUGUACACACACACACACUAUACGUCCUAAUAACACCUGGAAUAUUGGAAAAUCAAAGAUUUGUAAUCUCUUGUAGCUACAUAAUAAAAACAAGUGAAAAUGUU